AUGCUCCAAAGGUACAGCCUCGCCGUCAACCGCCGACUAGAAAGCGAAGGGUUUCUGCCUCCCGGCAGUCGCAAGCCGGCACCGCAGGUACGACUUCUCUGUCCACGCGCGACACAAAUCGGCGUGCCGUCGCGUUACCAUUUCACUCAGGACGACUCGUCGGAUCCGACGCCGCCUCGCAAGGGACAUAACAAAACAGGAUUAGCACAAUUAUCACUAGAGGUGACCAGGGCCGAUUGGGACCCGCAAACCAACCCGAAGCUACGUGUCUGGGAACCGGACCCUUACCAUAGACAGGUCGGUUCCAAUUUUUAG